AUGCUGCUUUCACUACUUGUCACCAUUGGAUUUGCCAUAGUCGUGGCUGUGGCGGUUCUCGCGGCGUGGAGUGUGCAACACGUGCCCCCCUUCAACAUCAAAAGCUGCCGUGCGUUGGUGACUGGCGGCAGCGCGGGUAUUGGUUUAGAAACCGCCCGGCAAUUGGUUCGUCAGGGUGCGAAAGUUGUUGUCAUAUCGGCGCGUCGGGUGGAUGUUUUGCGGGCGGCGGCUGAGGAGCUCCGUAGGGAGGUAGGGAAGACCGGCACGCAGGUAUUUUACGUGGAGAUGGAUGUGAGCAAUGAGGCGUCUGUUGCUCACGCUGUGGAAGAGAUUGAGACGACGAUGACUGGUGGUGCAGGACUUGAUCUCGUUGUGUGCAACGCCGGAUUUUCAAUUCCAGCACGUUUUGUUGAUACAUCGUCUGAGGAUGUCCGCAAAAUGAUGGAGGUGAAUUUUUUUGGAUGUGUGCAUGUGGUACGUGUGGUGCUGCCGGCGAUGCUUGAACGUCAUUAUGGACGCAUUGUACUGGUGAGCAGUUUGGCUUCACGCUGUGCAAUUGCCGGGUAUUCGUCUUACGCCGCCUCCAAAGCCGCCGUGCGUGCCUUUGCCCACAGUCUUGACAUGGAGAACAGUUGUUUAGGGGUGCGAUGCCAAGUUGUUUGCCCGCCGGAUAUUGAGACGCCAGGGCUACAGAGUGAAAACCUUCGCAAGAGUCCUGAGUGUAAGGCAAUUUCUUCUUUUGGUGGCAAUGUCCCCUACACAGCCGAGGCUAUGGCAAAAUGCAUCGUAAAGAAUAUUAAACGAUAUCGCUUUGAAGUAUCCCUGGGAAUGGAUGCCGUGCUUUUGGGUUGGGGAUCUGCUGGUAUCGAGCCGGCGACAAGUUUGUUGGAGCUCACCCUCCAGUUUUUCUUCUCUGGGUGGUUGCGGCUAGUCAUGGCAGCCUACUCCAAGGUGCACUAUGAAAUCGUUCGGCGUGUGCGUGGAAGGGAAUCCACCACAGUGCAUAAGAAGGAUACGUGA